UAAUGGCGGACCAGACAGAGAGCGAAACUGUGGGGUUUAACGACAACAGAAUGGCGCAGCAGGCUGUGCGGUUCCGCGGCCCUGCUCCUACCCCUGUCCCAGCUCCUGCACCUGCUCAGGCCCCAGUGUUACGAGGUCCUCCACCACUCCUUAGGCCACCACCACCUCCUUUUGCAAUGAUGAGGGGACCCCCGCCAAGACCCCCAUUUACUCGGCCACCCUUUGACCCGAAUAUGCCACCCAUCCCACCACCAGGAGGCAUGCCACCACCUAUUGGACCUCCUCACCUUCAGAGACCCCCAUUUCUUCCCCCUCCCAUUGGUAGCUUGCCACCUCCUCCUGGGAUGUUAUUUCCCCCUGGGAUGCCUCCCAUUCCUUCAUCCGGAAGCCCCACUCCUACCCCUGCAGAGGAGAUCUGGGUCGAGAACAAGACAUCAGAAGGAAAGACAUAUUACUAUAAUGCUCGGACCAGAGAGUCAUCGUGGAGUAAACCAGAUGGUGUGAAGGUCAUUCAACAGUCUGAACUUAACCCUCUUAUUGUAGCGGGGUCUGCAGGUUCAGGUUCAGGUGCUAAUGUGGGUGUGACUGCAGCUGUCAGCUCCAGCAGUGGUAACACUACAGCCAGCACAGCAGGAGCAGCCUCCACUACUCAGGCUCCAACUUCAACUCUGUCCCACACACACACCUCCAGUCCUGACUCCGUCACCACCCCCUCGCCCUCUGUGACCAUCUCAGCAGCCACAGUUGUAGCAGACCUCUCCCCUGUUGCCACAGUGACCUCAACUGUUGCUGUGUCUCCAGUCACCGUAGUGACUGUUUCCACGGUGCCAUCACCCGUCACAGCUGUUCAGACUGUGCCACUGCUGCCUGCAGCUCUGCCUCACAGUGUGGCCCAGCCCACUGCAGCCAUACCUGCCUUCCCUCCUGUCAUGGUGCCACCUUUCCGGGUGCCUUUACCAGGCAUGCACAUCCCUCUACCAGGUGUAGCAAUGGUGCAGAUAGUAGGUGCGCCCUGUGUAAAGGCAGGCCCCAGCGCCAACGGCAUGCUCCCCGGUAUGGGCCCACCUUUAGUUUCCAUGAUGCACCCCCAGCUGACACUUUCAGCAGCACCUGCUUCUCUAGCUGGGUCAUUGCAGCUCCCUGAGUGGUCAGAGUACAAAACAGCUGAUGGGAAAACGUAUUACUACAACAACCGGACCCUGGAGUCCACCUGGGAGAAACCCCAGGCUCUAAUAGAAAAGGCAAAAGAAGCCGAAAAAGCUAAAGAGCGUCUGAUGCAGGAGGAGGCUGAAGCAAUGGAAAUGGAAGCGGAGGAACUCAAAUCAGAAGACAUUAAUAAUGAGAAGGAGGAGCCUAAAGAGUUGACAGAGGAGGAAAAGGCAGCUCAGAAAGCCAGGCCUGUAGCCACCAACCCAAUCCCUGGCACUCCUUGGUGUGUCGUAUGGACGGGAGAUGAUCGUGUUUUCUUUUACAACCCAACGACACGACUGUCCAUGUGGGACCGACCCGACGAGCUGAUCGGCCGCGCUGAUGUCGACAAACACAUUCAGGAGCCUCCGCACAAGAAAGGCCCAGAGGACGGCAAGAAGACGAGUGUCAGUAAGGAGGAGCCAGAGUUAUCCAUUGCUACAGAAGAUAAUGAGGAUGAGGAGCCAACCAAAGCCAAAAAAAGAAAGAAGGAGGACUUGAAGGAGACAGACACAGAGAAAGAAGCAUCGAUGGAGGCAGAGCUCAGGGCUGCCAGAGAAAGAGCUAUAGUGCCACUAGAGGCCAGGAUGACUCAGUUCAGAGAAAUGCUUCUGGAGAGAGGGGUGUCUGCCUUUUCCACUUGGGACAAAGAACUUCACAAGAUUGUGUUUGAUCCACGUUACCUUCUACUCAAUCCAAAAGAGAGGAAACAGGUUUUCGAUCAGUACGUGAAGACACGAGCGGAAGAGGAGAGAAAGGAGAAGAAGAACAAACUGAUGCAGGCCAAGGAUGAUUUCAGGAGAAUGAUGGAGGAGGCCAAGCUUUCACCUAAAACAACAUUUAGUGAAUUUGCUAUGAAGCACGGCAGAGAUUCUCGGUUUAAGACCAUCGAGAAGAUGAAGGACAGGGAAGUUAUUUUCAUCGAAUUCAUGACUGCGUUGAGGAAGAGAGAGAAGGAGGACUCCAAAACCAGAGGAGAGAAGGUAAAGCUAGACUUUUAUGAUCUCCUAAGUGAGCAGCUUACAGACGGAAGCCAUCGAUGGAGCAAAGUGAAGGAGAGGUUAGAGACCGACUCUCGUUACAAGGCCGUGGAGAGCUCUGCACUCAGAGAGGAACUUUUCAAACAGUUUUUGGAAAAACAAGCAAAGAAUGUGGACAUCGAGAAGGAGCGCGAGUUGGAGCGGCAGGCUCGUAUUGAGGCCAGUCUCAGAGAGAGGGAGCGGGAGGUGCAGAAGGCCCGAUCGGAACAGACCAAAGAGAUCGACCGAGAACGGGAGCAGCACAAAAGGGAGGAGGCCAUUCAGAAUUUCAAAGCUCUCAUGUCUGACAUGGUGCGCUCUUCAGACGCAGCAUGGUCAGACACUCGCCGCAACCUGCGAAAGGACCAUCGCUGGGAGUCUGCAUCGCUACUGGAAAGAGAGGAGAAAGAGAAGCUGUUUAACGAACACGUAGAAGCUCUGGCCAAAAAGAAGAAAGAACAAUUCAGACAGCUGCUGGAUGAGACCAGCAUGAUCACUCUAACAACUACAUGGAAGGAAGUGAAAAAAGUCAUCAAGGAUGACCCUCGCUGUAUUAAAUUCUCUUCCAGUGAUAGAAAGAGACAGCGAGAGUUUGAAGACUACAUCAAAGACAAGUACAUCACCGCCAAGGCUGACUUCAGAACUCUGCUGAAAGAGACAAAGUUCAUCACAUACAGGUCAAAAAAGCUGAUCCAUGAGUCAGAUCAGCAUCUGAAGGAUGUGGAGAAGAUCCUUCAGAACGACAAGCGGUACCUCGUUCUGGAGUGUGUUCCAGAGGAACGCAGGAAGCUUAUCAUGUUCUACAUCGAAGACUUGGACCGACGUGGCCCACCGCCUCCUCCCACCGCCUCUGAGCCAACUCGACGUUCUACAAAGUGACCAACAUAACCUUCAUGGCCAGUGCCCCUCCCUGCUCUCCUUGUGGCCAGAGCAUGACUUCCCUUCAGCACCUUCUGAACCCCAGUUUUCAGACUGGCCUUGCAGUGUUAAUGCUGAGGGUUAAAUUGCUUAGAGAUGAACGGUCAAGGUCUCUGCUACGUCACCUCUUAGCCCUGAAGUCGUCCUGCGUUUACGGUAACAGCAGGGAGCAGAGGUUACCUGAAGUCAAGGUGACCCAUGACCUCUUUCCUCUGACUGACCACUUGAGAGGGAGAGGGAAAGUAAUGAGGCUGUUUGAGCAGCCACACAGAUGUAUAUCUGAUGUAAAUGAAGAUGUGUGUGUGCGUGCGUGCUUGGUGCACGCAGGGUUAAAUAUGUGUGCAUUUGUUUGAGGCGUCCUUAAGCCUUACAGCUCCACUGCUAGUCCUCUGCGGCUCGGUGUGAAUGUUAGUUUCAGCU